AAAAAAUUCAAUUUCGCGGCAAAACUUGGAUUUAAAAAAAAUAAUAAAAAAUAAAAAUUUGCGACUUUUAGGUUUAAAAUAUUCAAAAAAUGAUGCUAAAAACGGAUCUCGAAGAGCAAUUCGACCAAUACGGGGUCACAAUUACCGAUGAAAUUGUCGAAAAAUGCCUCGAAUUGUGUGAGGAACACAAUAUUUCCAACGCUUCCGAAUUCGUGGAGAACUGGAUGGCUUACACAAUCAACAAACUAAACGGAGCUGACCCAAAACCUUCCACAAUUGAGGAUAUGGUGCGUCAGGAAUACGAAAACACAAAGAAAACGCAACGAACAGACGACACAAAUGACGAAACUCUCAAAAUUUACGGCAUUGAAAGCAAAGAAAUUGAGCUGGAUGACAAUAUUAUGGACAGUUACAUUGAACCAACGUCUCCGAAGCGGAAAAAAGUUCUUCCGACAGUGACAGCAAAGACUCCCAAUGGGGCUUUGUUCUCUCCGGCGAGCUUUCAACCCCUUUCUGAAGGUGAAAAAAAGGAAAAAAUCGAUUCGGGUAAAGUUUUGUGCUCCUUUGGGCGCGCUCAGCUCAUCAAAGAUUGUCAAUGGAAGCACUUUCGCAACGGAAAUGUUAAAAUAAAACUUUCCGGAAAAGGCGAAUUUAUGAACGAAAGUGAUCGGUACAUGGUUGAUACGCUCUCGAUGAGGUCGACGAUCCAAUAUGACGAGAUGCGGACCUUGGGAAAGGAGAUUUUUGAUAAAAUUCGCCCCGAGGAAAGAGGCGAAGAGACAAUUGAGAAAAUUUUUAAGAAUACGAGCAUUAAUGUGCCAAGUACGAAGGCGAUUACAGCAGUUGGGCGCUUAAUUACGCUCAAAGAUGAGAAAAUUUCGCCGAAAAAUGUCACUUUAGUCGGUUUGGAUCCCGAGGAAUUUCACAUGGUGAAGCUGGAUUUGUCAAAUUGCCAAAAUUAUUCGCUUUAUCCGGGGCAAGUCGUGUUGGUUCGUGGCAAAAAUGAGAACGGAGACACAAUUUUAGUCGAUUGGAUCACCUCGGCAACGGAAAUUUCCUUUUCACAAGCGCCAAUUAUCAAAAAUGUCCCGUUAUCCAUUGUUGCAACGUCAGGUCCUUACACCGCAAACGAUAAUUUAUCAUUCCAACCGUUACAGGAUCUGGUCAAAUAUUGUCACGACAAUCCUCCGGAUAUUUUAAUUAUGACGGGACCUUUUCUCAAUGCAAAUAACGCAAGUCUCACGAACAUGGCGGACCGUUUUGAUGCCCAUUUCGAGCGGAUAAUCGAGCAACUUGUCAAUAAUUUGGAAUCGCAAACGCACAUUUUGAUUAUUUCGUCGCACGAGGACAUCAACAGUACUUUUGUCUAUCCAACGCAUCCCUAUCGGUGCCAACAACGCUUCGAAAAUGUGCAUUUUUUGCCGGAUCCGUGCAUCGUUGAUAUCGAAGGAGUGCAAAUUGGCAUCACGUCGACCGAUACGAUCAGUACGAUGAGCGACAACGAACUUUCGUUCAAUGAAGGCGCCGAUGCGAUAAAAAGAUCGAUUUUUCACAUGUUUCAUAAAAAGUCUUUUUAUCCGAUAAGACCGGGAAAUGUUCCGCUGGAUGUUGGAUUGGCGCAGCGAUAUGCGAAAUUGAGUGCGUUGCCGAAUUUACUGAUUUUGCCAAGUGAUGUGAAGGAAUUUAUACGAGAUUAUAACAAUUGCUUGACGAUAAAUCCGGGAAGGCUGCACAAGGGACAGGAAACGGGAACAUUUGCGAGAAUUGUGUUGCAUCCAACGGACAGUCCGCAAGCGAAAUUCUUCAACUAUGUAGCGGGACAAGUAGUGAAGAUAUGAAAGAACCAUUUUAGAAAUUCGAAAAAUAGAUUUUUUUAAGAAAUAAACUUUUUUAUUUAACAAUUUA